UUUAUUUUUAUUUUACAAGGGUCUUCGGCAUCGUAAUUCUGGUUACUAGAGUGAAAUCGGAAAAACUAGAAGAAACAAGCGAGAUAACAGAAAUGAAGUUAGCUCCAAUCACAGUGUUUAUGUUUAGAGACUCCGAGGGUUUCGCCUCUGCUAUCUCUCAAGCUCUUUCUUCUUCCUCUUUCACUCGCUUAGAGGACUCGUUUGAACUUUCUUUGGAGGGUUAUGGAAUCAAGGAUCACAAAGCUUCUGGGAACGUUCUUCACUAUCUUGAUAAUCAUCGGAGUUAUAAGGUGUCAAUCGUGAUUAUGCAGCAUUAUGAGCCGCCAGUACUAGCAUGUGCUCUUAAUGAGGUCCUCAAUAAAAUUGUUGGAGGCGAUCCAUCCUCGAUGCCUACACUUUUGGUACCUUUUUUGGUGGAAUCAUCCAAAGUUAAAGGGAACAGUAAAUCCCUAAGAUCAGAUGAAAGCAGGGCAUUAACUUAUGGCAUACAGAUUGGUCAAAUUACAGAAACAAUGCAGACCUUACUCAAGAAAACCCAGGAACCACCAUCUUCACUGCGGAUUCAGCAGGAAAAUUUUGCAUGUUUUCUUCACUUUGUUCGUGUAAUGAAGUUACCAACCUUUUUUCUAAUCGGACAAACUAGCCAAUAUUUGGACAAUAAAUCUCCCAAACAGCAUGAGGCAAUUUGUGAAAUAGGUGAGAUUUUGGCUAGCAGUACAGGUCUGGAGUUUUCAGAAGACAGAGUGAUAUGGAAUCCAAAAAAGACAUUAAAGGAGAUCAAGGAGCCAUGGCGCGAUUUAUAUGGUUGAAUCACAGGUCCCUUACAUGCAAAAAAGGAACAAGUGUUUUCACGGGUCUGAUUCUAGAACGGCAAUCUUUCUAACUGUUUUCCUUUUAACAUGUUUACAAGAACUAUUUUUCGCACUUUCUCUGUACCUUUGAAGAAUCUUAGUCUCGCUCUUGUAUUGCGUGCAGCAGUGAGCUGAAUGCCGGCAUGACAUGUAACUGCAAGUUCUCUUUGUUCAUGUGGCUUUUUAUUGUAUUUACUUUUCAAAGGUUUGGUUGAAUAGGCUUGGAUCGAUUAAGACAUUCAUCUCAUACUGGACUGCUUUAUUACAUCUACAACAUGCCAAGGGAGAUACAGAUCCGAGGCAGAAGUUUUUCCCAA